AACGAAAAAACCGUGUCGGAUUCUGAGACGAAGUGGAUCAUACUCUGCUGCUGCAAGCUCAACAUGCGAUCCCGAUCGCCUCCCACUCCCCCACCGGGCGUCGCCGCCUCUUCGCUCUCAUCAAAGAGGCGGAGCAAGCGCGACCUCUUCACCUAAAUGUCCUCCCUAAAAGCCUGAUUCCGUCGAUCCCAUCCGCCCUUCCUCCUCGAUCGCGCUCCGCCACUAGAAUACAAGAUCUGGCGCGGAGCAGCGGGAACCCUCGCUCUCCGUACAUGGCGGCGACCGCCUUCCUACUCCCUCUCCUCCUAUCCUUCCCGCUCGCCUCCUCCGCCGACGCCGGAGCCGAUACCGUCGCCCUCCUAGACCGCCAGGAGUCCCAGCUCCAGCGCCUCGAAACCUUAGUCGAGUCCCUCUCUGAGACCGUCUCAGCCCUCCAGUCCUCCCUCUCCGCCUGCCUCUCCGCGCGAUCUGACCGUUCUUCCGAUCUACCCAUGGAUCUGGAGACCAUCAUCCCCGUCCUCUCAACGCCGCAGGCGGCGUCCGCGGCCGUGGCGGAAGGCGCCGCCCGGUCCUCCGCAGUUUCCGUCACUAAGUACAAGACCUCCUGGUCGGAGAGGUUCCUGUUCGCCGCGGCGGUGCGAUUGGAGGCCUCCGCCGCUGUCGCCACCGUGCUCCCGUAUGAGGAGCUCGACGGCCUCGGCAAAUACUUCGCUGUCGGAGACACUCACGGCCGGGUCUACGUGUUCUCCUCCACAGGCGACGUCGUCAUCGAGCUGCCCUCUCUGUCCGACUCCCCCGUGACGUCGAUGCUCUCCUACCUUUCCUCCCGUCGCAACGAGAGCCUCCUCUUCUCCGGCCACGCCGACGGCUCCAUCACGGCCCACCGCCUCCACGAGUCUGCCGCCAGCGGCGAUGAUUGGCUCACUCUCUCGGUUGGCAGCUCGAAGCCCUUCAUCCGUGGGUCGCGCGAGUUGGACUCGCCGCCGGUCUCCCGCCUGGAGGUCCAUCAGGUGGGGCGGGUCCGCUACGUCCUGGCAUCGGACGGCGGCGGGAGGAUCCGAGUGUUCACGGAGAAUGGCACCCUGUACGGCACGGCCAUUGCUUCGGGUCCGCCAUUGGCUUUCAUGAAGCAAAGGCUUCUCUUCCUAACCGAGACAGGCGCCGGGUCACUGGACCUCAAGUCCAUGGCGGUGAGGGAGACCGAGUGUGAGGGGCUGAAUGGCUCGGUCGCCAAAGCCUACUCCUUUGACUUGUCGGAGCGGCUGAAGGCAUAUGGCUUGACUGCUGGAGGUGACCUGAUCCACGUCGUGCUUCUUGGGGAUGUGGCCAACCUCAAGUGCCGGGUUCGGUCGGUAAGGAAGUCAGAGAUCGACGGACCCGCAGCGAUCCGAACCAUCAAAGGGUAUCUCCUCGUAGCAAGCUACGACAAGUUCUUCGUGUACAACAUCUCCUCUCAGUUCCCGGGCAGGGUCGGGGCACCUCGUCCUCUGUUCUCAGCUGCCAUCCAUGAGAUGCAGUCCCAGUUCUUGAAUUCGGAUGCCAGUGCUGAUGGGCCAUUGGGAGCAAAGCCUAUGCUAGCAGCGGACCGUGGAAAGCUUGUGGUUCUGGGGCUUGGCAAUGGUUACAUUGGGAUUUAUCGGUCGAAUUUUCCAGCUUUCGGGUUGCACGCUAACACUGUGGUGUGGAGUGGUCCUGCUCUUCUGCUACUUUUGUUUUUGAUUGGGAUAUUAUGGCAGUUCUAUGUGAAGAAGAAGGACUCCUUGGGGUGGACAACGGAGGAGUCUUUCAAUACUGAGGAUGCUUCUUCUUCUUCGAGUAGUCUUUUGGGCUCUGGAGCUGCUGACAGAGCUUAUGUUGAUGGUGUGAGAGCUGGUGAUCUUAGGGAAUCAAGAGGAGCGGCAUUACGAGGUCCACCUCGAAGAUAUGUGUCUCCUUCUCGUCACCCUGGAGGCUCAGGGAUGCCAUUUAGGUCUGGUUGUGCAGAUCCUGGUUUUAGGGGGGCAGGGGAGCUGAAAUUUAGAGGGCAGAGUAUGGAACCUGCAGGUUUUGCAAAGAGAAGAGAAGCAUUGUUUCCGAACAGCCAAGUUGCAGAUGACCAAAUCGAUUGAGAAUUUACUCGAUCGGACCAGUGCCCCUUUAGAAAUGGUGCCCAUUCGAUCAUGUUUGUCAUGCUUACUGCUUAUGAUACUGAUGAUUCUUACCAUUUGGUGAUUUGUAUCACUCUUCAGACACCGAGCGCUGCCCACUUCUGUCAUCAAAAUUGGCUUGUCAGUAUGCUCUCUAAAAUGGCUUCACGGCUCAUGGUGGCAUCAACCCUAAUCACUCCUUCGGCUUCAUCAAUCUGAAGCAGGUCCAACUGGGACUGCAACAGAGAAACAGAUGGUGUACUGUCCCGGCUUGUAAUCGGCAUCGGCUGACCUGAGGAUCUCCCGGUACUUUUUCUGCAGUGCAGAACAGGUAAGAGUUACAUUUUUACUGGAGCUCAUGAUCUUCCCGACCACAUCGCGGAGUGCUUCAAGCCAUGGGAAUCGAUCUUCAUCUGUAAGCGGAACCCCUUUUCUCAUCUUGUCUGUGCUGCGAAACAGAACAGUCAAUUCACUUUCAUUUGUUACUCCAAUUAAAGGAUACUAUGCAUUUCUAACCAUUAAUUCAAAAGCUACUGCAAGCUUUAAAUAUUGCUGCCACUGAUCAUAAAUCUACAUUGAUCUAAGCUAGGGUUUUAGGGGCAUGUGAAGAGAUGCUGCUCCUAAAGAAAGUGCUCUGGGUUGUUUGAGAGGGCAGAUUGAAAAGAACACAAAAUUUGGACAUGGUGCCAUGCAGAACAGAAACAAGUAGUGUCACAAGACCAUAUUAAACUACUACUAAUUGACAAAUCCGUGUCAAAUUAUCAUCUUAUGACAGAAGUUCACAAGGCUCUUUAUGCAUUUAUCAUGAUAAUUAUCUCUGGAGCAUCAUGAGUCAGUCAUAUUGCAGUACCUGGCAUUACAGAAUAGUAUGACCAUUAACAGUAAACCAUAAUACAACAACAUAGAAAGGAAAUCAAGAUGAUUUCCAUGUUCAAAGAAUCAGUCCAAUUUACAUAUCUUUACAUUUCAUGAACAUGAAAAUUGUACUGGAGACAGAAAACCAGUCAUCAGCUUAUGCCACUAACAUAAAAUAUUGUGAAACUGUACUGAUCAGAGUUCUUUUUCUAAAAAAGGUAUGCCUUGAUGAUAUUCUUGUGAGAAGUGCUCAUCUGUUUGUUUAAUCUGAGGGGCAACUUUAUAUCACUUUUUGGGUUUUCCUCCGCUUAAAGCCCCCCUCACAAACCUUUUUCCAGUGUUAAUACUUCUCACAGGCAAAAGGUGUAUCUGAUGGUAAAAAAUAUAUAUUUUUAUUGAUUGCUUCCAUGUCUUCAUGUAACCUCUUCUGGUCUUUCCAAAUCCGAAACAUAGAAACAUGCUUGUGUACAUCUAUUGUCCUAAUCCAUCCUUGACUGAUGUUCGUGAGCAAUUUAUUGUAGUAAAGGUGUUUUGAAUACAUGUUUGUCUCUGUUCAAUGUGCCUAAAAAGCCAAGGAAAGGAAAUCACAAGGAUGAUACAGAAUUUACCUUUGUUUGCCUGUGAGUGGAAGUCAUCAGCUUCAAGAAAGCUGCAAUCUAGUGCCUUUGCAAGCAUCUCAGCAACAGUCCUGAUAGCACAAGACAAGAGCAAGUGUUCUACAUCAAAUAGAAUAGCAGAAGCAAAAUGUAACACAGUUGAUAGCUCAGUCUUUACUGAUACCAAAGACCUGCCUGCUGCUGACGGAAGCAUAUCGCAAAUGGGAAAGACCCAUUAAAAUGGAUCAAAGUAAGAGGGCAUUCACCAGUCAGGUAUCUUGCAAGCAUGCCACAUAUGGAAAUCAGAAAGCAAGACUCUUUGACAGAUCGUAAACUUGAAUAGUCUAAGAGAUAUUGAUGUGUUUAUCACAUGUUGCAUUCAGCUAGACAAAUUGGAAGAUCCAUGAAGCCUCAGCAGACUCACCAUAGAUUGCUUACCAAGGUCCUUAAUCCAUGCUAUGCUAUGUUGUUGGACUUGUACCAAAUUAAUCAUCUAUGUUCUUCCCAGUGACUGCAGGAGGAAAUCAUUUGUGUUUUCCAGUUUACUACAUAUGUAAUUUUUUUGUUUUCCUCAAUUAAGUGAAGAGUGUGAAAUCGAAUCAA